UCACUUUCUGUAUUUCAAUCUAAAUAUGCUACACCAGAGACCAUAUACCGGUAUUUGGUCUCUGGUUACACCUUCAGAAGAAAGAACCCAAUGUGUUACAACUUAAUACAGGCAAAGAUGAUGUGUUUAACCUGCUGGUAGAUUGUAAACAGUGCACAACGACUUCCUCGGUAUAACGAAGUUUCGAACCCCGUUCUAAGAAAUAUAAUCACUGUCAGCAUUGACCAACAUGGUGCAAUACUGAGCGGUAUCCGCCUUGUAUAAAAUGUGUGUGUACACCCGCCUCUUAUCUGAGGAUAACCAAGGCGCUUAUCAACGCCGGCCGCAGGUCGACUCUCUACUUCGACAACAUGGACGUUCUGUCCAUUCUACUGGUGUUAGCGGCCGUCGCUGUUGGUAUAACAUGUCUUAUUGCUGCUGGAUAUAUAUACGCCACAUGGACUCACGGGAUGUUCAAGAAGAUGGGCAUCCCCGCCCCCAAUCCCGGGCUGUUGGGCGUGGUCACCAACUACCAGACAGAGGGUCUUAUCAAGUGCGACCAGCGACUGGUGAAAGAACACGGCCGAGUUGUAGGGAUAUUCCUUGGCCGCAUCCCGUCCCUCCUCAUCUCAGAUCCAACCAUGAUCAAACAAAUCUGUGUGAAACAGUUCUCCAACUUUGUCAACAGAUCGACGUUCGGCCCGAUGCCCAAGAUCGUGAUGGACUGUAUCGCGGAGAUCUACGACGAGCACUGGAAGUUCAUGCGAUGUGUUCUCAGUCCCACUUUCAGUACAGGUAAACUGAAACAGAUGAUGGUACUGAUAGAGGACUGCACCGACCUACUUGUACAGAACGUGGAUAAACACGCUAAGGAGAAGAAAAAUGUCGAGUUAAAACACCUAAUGGGCUGCUACACAAUGGACGUCAUCGUCAAAACCGGCUUCAGCAUCGACUUCGACAGCCACAGUUCGGAGAACAUUUUCGUCAUCUACUGUCGGAAAGCCAUGAAGCUCACCUUCCCAGUUUUCUUCCUGAUCACAUGUGAGUCACAUUUCGCAGUGUCCAUGAUUCUGGGUCACCGUGACAUUCUACAAGCGAUGCUGGACGCCCAUAAAGAGGAGUCGGCUGGAGACGUGGAUGACGACUCGGACGAGGACACGGAGACAGUGUUGGACUUCAAGUACUACAAGAAGCGAGGUCUGACGAACUACGAGAUAUUCUGCAACUCUCACAUCUUCCUCCUCGCCGGCUACGACACCUCCUCCAACGCUUUGACCUUCACCGUCUACAACCUGGCCACCCAUCCCGAGAUCCAGGAGAGGCUGUACCAGUCGAUAAUGACACACAUAGGGAAGAGGAAGCCUACAUACGCCGAGGUGACGAAGUUGCAGUACCUGGAGAACGUGUUCAUGGAAACCCUGAGAAUUUAUCCCCCGGCAACCAGAACAAAGCGAGUUGGAGCCAAGGACACCACCAUAAACGGCUACCACAUCCCCGCCGGCCUCCCAGUCUUCAUCCCCGUCUACGCCAUCCAUCACGACCCCGAGUUUUGGCCACAACCAGAAGAGUUCGACCCUGACAGGUUCCUCCCCGAGAACAAGCACGAGUUGCACGACUACAUGUGGAUGCCGUUUGGCGUCGGACCAAGGAACUGUCUGGGAAUGAGGUUGGCCUUGUUGGAGGCAAAGAUGGCGAUUGUGGCUUUGGUGCAGAACUUCCGGUUUGUUGUAACUCAGGAAACACAGAUUCCAGUGACCAUGGAGAAGGGGUCAUUUACAAGAGCUGCCCAUGACCUUUAUGUUGGUGUUGAGAGACGGCAGCUUCCUGUUGACCGAUAGCCAUGUUACGAUGAUCUAACAGGGAAUAACCAUCGACAGCCCUUUCAUCCGUACCUUGGUCGAUUUCAAAUGAAGGUAUUAAUGAAAUAACUGUGCUGGACAGCCAGACUCAGUAGAAAACAUAUACAACAGUUUUGAUAAUGACGUCACACGUCGUGCUGUGUAUCGGCUGUAAGACAAACUUCCGCGUACAUGGAGGAAAACCCGGGAAGAGAUUAAAGACCAAGUCACUGUUUCCGG